ACCUCUCCGUCAAUACACAACUUUAAAUAUGUUCAGCAAACUUAUCACAUUCGGCGGACUCUUGGCUGCGGCCAAAGCUGGACUUCUAGGACACGGAGUGUCUUCUCACAGUGUGGUCCAACAUAAUACUGGUUACCAUGGUGCUCCUCUUGCAUAUGCUCCAGCAGCAUAUGCAGAUAACUACGGCGGACAAUACGAUGGACAUGACACUUACGCGCAUCCCAAAUACGACUUCUCAUACUCCGUGGCAGACCCUCACACCGGUGACCACAAGUCCCAGCACGAGAGCCGCGACGGUGGUGCCGUACAUGGAAGCUACUCUCUGGUACAACCUGAUGGUUCAGUCCGUAAAGUAGACUACACCGCUGAUGACCACCAUGGUUUCAACGCUGUGGUCCACAACUCAGCUCCAUCUGUUCAUCCCCAGCAUCCAUACCAACACUAUUACUAGAAUAGUCUGACCACUAGCUUGCUUCUCUCAAGCAAUAACAACCAUUAUUUAUUAAUUAAAAAAUAUAUCAAAGUA